AUGUCGGAAGAUCCAUACUACGAUCUCGGUUCCUAUCAACUGCUCGUGAAGACAAGCUCUCCAGAAUGUCAGUUAUGGUUUGAUCGCGGAUAUCGUUGGGCCCAGGGCUUUAAUCAUGGAGAAGCGGCCCGUUGCUUCAGGAAAGCUAUUGCACAUGAUGAAACGUGUGCCAUGGCAUAUUGGGGUCUUUCCUAUGCCCUAGGACCAAACUACAACAAGGCCUGGAUUCGAUUUGAUCGCUCUGACUUGCUUAAAACGACCACCGAAGCCCGGCACCUUCUUCAGAAAGCCCAAACAUACACUACCCAAGAAACGCCGGUGGAAUUUGCUCUAAUCGAGGCACUGAAGGCUCGAUUCCCACGAUCCGAAGUGUUACCUGAAGAUCUUGGCUCCCUAGAUCUAAGUUACGGGGAGGCUAUGCGUCCGGUGUAUGAAAGGUUUUCGGAUGAUUUAGAUGUCGCCGCUCUCACAGCAGAAGCCUUGAUGUGUUUCACUCCGCGUGGCCUAUGGAACCUCGACACCGGAGAGCCUACCGGCGCUCAUACUGUACUGGCUCGUGAGAUAAUUGAGAGGGCGAUGACACUUCCAGGGGGCGCAGAGCAUCCCGCGUUAUGCCAUCUCUAUAUUCAUUUGAUGGAAAUGUCCCCUUACCCAGAAAUCGCAUUGCCGGCAGCCGAUCGGCUACGCUUUUUAAUGCCCGAGGCAUCCCAUAUGCUACAUAUGCCGACACAUAUCGAUAUCGCUUGUGGCGACUAUCGUAGAGCCGUGGAUUCUAAUCACCAAGCCAUGCUUGCCGAUGACAAAUUCUUUGCUCGCACAGAAGGAACCAAUCUCUACAAGUUAUACCGGGCGCAUAACAUCUAUGUGAAGCUGUAUAGUGCCUUGAUUUCUGGCCGCUUCAAAGAAGCGCUUUCUGCAGCAAAUCGUCUGCCUGGAAUACUCACCACUGAGGUGCUUUCUAUUUCUAGCCCUCCCAUGGCAGAUUGGGUCGAAAGCUUUCUCGGUGCGAUUGUUCAUGUUUUAGUCCGAUUUGGUCGCUGGGAGGAAAUUCUUCAAAAUCUCCCGAUACCCGAGGACAAGCAGUUGUACUGUUCCACAACAAGUAUGAUCUAUUACGGCCGAGGUAUUGCACUUGCGGUACUUGGUCGGGUUGAUGAAGCAAAGCUUGAACAAGCUAAGUUUGAGACGGCGAGGGCUCUCGUGCCGAGAACCCGUCUUAGUAGCCUGCCAGCUCUAGAGGUCGAUGUACUGAAAGUUGCAUCGGCCAUGCUCCAGGGCGAGAUUCAGUACAGAGAGGGAAAUUUCGAGGUUGCGUUUCGCAGUUUGCGAGAGGCCGUUGCUCUGGAAGAUGGUCUCCCUUAUUCUGACCCCCCGCCUUGGAUGCAGCCAACCCGGCAUGCGUUGGGUGCCCUGCUCUUAGAACAAGGCCAUACUGAGGAAGCAGAGCUAGUAUACCAAGAGGAUCUUGGUCUAAGCGAUACCCUACCCAGGCGCAAGGCAAGAUUGAAUAAUGUCUGGGGUCUUCAUGGUCUUCAUGAAUGUUUGACGAAGACCGGGAAAAUCAGAGAGGCCAAAGUCAUCGGUAUCCAGAAAGAACUAGCCUUAGCUUCUGCAGACAUCCCCAUUGCUGCUUCAUGUUUCUGCCGUCUUUCUAGUUCACAGGGAACAAAUGGUCUCCAGUCGGACAAAUCGAAAUGCUGCGCCUGA